AUGCGGCCUUGCUCCAAAUCUGAGAGUCUUGAAGAGGCAGUAAGAAACUUUGAUAAGAAUGACCUAGCUGAGAUGCGUAAGGUUGACUUGCGAUCUUUGGCUACUCUCAGUAAGGCCACUAGAAGGUCGUUAAAUUUUAGCAAAGAGUUUCAAUCAGCCAAAAAAGUGUCAUUCAUAUCAGCUGAAACUUUUGAUAAAAAUAAAAAUGGAUGGACACCCCAGUCUUCCACGACCCCAACGGUCACUGUGGACCUGCGAAGGCACAAUACGAGCCUGCAGAAGGACACGUUCCAGUACAGCGUGCAAGUGAGGGGGUUCAAGACUGAGCGCGGAGUGCACGCCGACCAGAAGAGGAACCCCAACCUCAUCAAUAGACUGCGUAAGUUCUUCGGUCAGAUCCAGCUCGGCAACCAGGUGGAGGUGGACCCGGAGGACAUCUCCGUCACCUUCGAUGACGUGGAAUUCCUGAAGUCCCCGGAGAAGUUCUCGAAGCUGGGCGGGAAGUUGCCCAAGGGGGUCCUGCUGGUGGGCCCGCCGGGCACCGGCAAGACGUUACUAGCGCGUGCCGUGGCCGGGGAGGCGAGGAACGAGGGGGUGAUCGUAUUAGGGGCCACUAACAGGAGGGAAGACCUUGAUCAAGCGCUCCUGAGACCCGGCAGAUUUGAUGUGGAGGUGAGUCGAUAA